GUCCGAACGGUCGGCCUUUGCUGCGCCUGCGUAAUCGGGAGGGGAAGUGAAGCGGUUUCCUCGGCGCCUUUUCCGGCGGCGGCGGCGGCGGCGCUGGCGGCAGAGCGGGGAGGAGGCGGUGGAGGCCGGAGGUAGCCCUCGCUCGGGGCGGCGGCUGGAGGCAGCACACCGAGUUCCCGCGAGGAUCAGUGACCUGACGAGGCGCCGGAGUCGCGCUGCUUCUCGGGUGGCCUGGGUUAGUGGUGAACCCGGUGCUUGCGGACCGGCGGGCGGGCCGGAGGGCCGUAGUCUCCCGCGGCGGUGUGAGAAGGCCGAGGAGCGGGAACUGCGGUGGCGCUUGUGCGGCGCCUGCGGGGGGGAGGGCAGUUCCGGGCCGGGCCGCGCCUCAGCAGGGCGGCGGCUCUCCCGGCGCAGACUCAGGGCCCCGGCGGCGGCGGCGACUGGAAGAAUCAGGUUGUGCGGUCGGUGAUGCCCGAGUGAGCGACGGGCCCGGGCCUCUGCCCCUAGGCGGCAACUCCCAGAGCAGGCCGGACGGGCGUCCUCGCGGCAGGGAGGCUUCGUUUCGGUUUCGCGGCGGCGGCGGCGUUGUUGGUUGGGGGGACCCGGGACACCUGAAUGCCCCCGGCCUCGGCUCUUCCGACGCGAUGGGGAAGGUGCUAUCAAAAAUCUUCGGGAACAAGGAAAUGCGGAUCCUCAUGCUGGGGCUGGACGCGGCCGGCAAGACCACCAUCCUGUACAAGCUGAAGCUGGGCCAGUCGGUAACCACCAUCCCCACCGUGGGUUUCAAUGUGGAGACGGUGACUUACAAAAACGUCAAGUUCAACGUAUGGGAUGUGGGCGGCCAGGACAAGAUCCGGCCACUGUGGCGGCAUUACUACACCGGGACCCAGGGUCUGAUCUUCGUAGUGGACUGCGCCGACCGUGAUCGCAUCGACGAGGCCCGCCAGGAGCUGCACCGCAUUAUCAAUGACCGGGAGAUGAGGGACGCCAUAAUCCUCAUCUUCGCCAACAAGCAGGACCUGCCUGAUGCCAUGAAACCCCACGAGAUCCAGGAGAAACUAGGCCUGACCCGAAUUCGGGACAGGAACUGGUAUGUGCAGCCCUCCUGUGCCACCUCUGGGGACGGACUCUAUGAGGGGCUCACAUGGUUAACCUCUAACUAUAAAUCCUAAUGAGCAUUCUCCACCCCUCCCCCCGGAAGGAGAGUUAUCAAAAACCCAUUCAUAGGAUUAUCGCCACCAUCACUUCUUUUCAAUUGCCACUUUCUGUUUUUUUGAAUUUGAACUCUGGAGUUACUGUUCUAUACUUUUAAGGGGUGGUUUGGGGGUUUUCUUUUGUUUAUCUGUUUCUUUCUUUUCUUUUUUUUUGCUUUGCGUUAGGAUGCUAUGAUCUGACAUGAACAUAAAGUGCUAGAUGCAAUGUUGACUUCCAGCAAAGGGGACGGGGGAAAUACAGCAAUUCUUGGUAAAGUCCUUUAUAAUAAUGGUUUGAUUUUUUUUAUUUUAAGAGAAUCGUUUUUUCCAAUGUAUGCUUUUUUCCCCUUUGCCCAGUUUCCUUAUCAUUUGCUGUAGAUGGCUUAUUUUGCAUUCAUGCAGACUAUGUUGCAAGUCUGUUUCAUCUAGUAAACUGAAAAUUAUUGCUUAAUCAAACUGCCGUUUUGUCUUUUAUAUUAAGGCCUUUUCCCCUCCCUUAGGAGUUCUAAUUUUAACUUAGUAAUUUCAAAUGUGACCUUUUCUAUCUACAACCGGUAUAGUAAACUUAGCCCACAGUGGCAAAUAAUGACUAAUAUCAUUGUAAUAUGUUCCAGUGGCACAUCAGUAUGUUAAACAGGUAAUGGAAGAAGUUCUUUGAAAUGUCAAAGUUCUGAAAUAUACAUCAUGCAUGAGUAGGGACAAAACCUGUUCCCCAUAAUAUAGCUAACUUACACUGCAUAAAAACAUGAAAGUGUAACCCAUUGAGGACACAUCUUUUCACUGCAAAGUUAGCAAUUUUGCGUGUUUUCCCUCAUUUUUAAAAACUUAAUAGACUCUUUCCAGAAAGUGGAGCAAUAAUGGUGUAUGCCACACGCAGAUGAAAUAUUUGUAGAUAUUUUAAAUGACUUUUUGGCAAAACUGGAAUAUGUAGUUUUACUUUAUUUCAAAUGUCUAUGACUAGUAGUUUUAAAAUUACUGGAAUACCUUGCUUGUUAUUAAAUCAGUUAAUUCAAAUUAUAUGCAGCUUUUACCUAGUUGGAGAAAUACACAUUCCUGUUUUCACAUUACAGCAACUGAUUAAGCUGAAGCUAUAAAUCAUUUUUUACAGAUGUGAUCCAUAUCUUCAUUAAUUAGAACACUGGAAAAGAUGUUUUAUAAAAAAGAUAUUUUAAUUUUGUUCAAUCAUAAGAUUAACUCUUGCAAGUAGUAAGUCAUAUACUUGUUGGUUCCAUAAUAUACUAUUUCCUUGAAGGAAAUGAAUGAAUGAUGUGUAGACUUGAGGAAUGACGAGGGGAAUUAGGAUAAAGAGAAAGAACCUACAGAUGACAAUGAAUGUAAACGUAUUUUUCUUGAAGGGAAUGCAGAUAAACAGAUCCUAACAAGAUGAGUUGCUUAACUGUAACUAGGUUGUUGAGACCACUAUGAUAAUACUUUGAACUAAAUGUUAGUGCUUGAUACAGAACUGUGAAGCAGCAUCUGGUUCUUACUGUAGUCUUAACGAUUAAUUUUAACGAUCCUCAAGGAAUUAAACUUAGGGAAUUUCAGAAAUGUAGACUGCAAAGGCAGUAUACAGGUAAAGGUGGAGCGGGUUUUAUUUAUGAGGGUGUAUGAAAGCUAAAAUUGAGCGGGAUAUCAUGGUAUAGUUGGACAGUAUUGGUCCUUCAUGCUUUGGCCAUAUUGUAUAAUUGAGCUGUUACCAAAGAUGUAUGACAAGUAUAAGGCUAUCAAAAAAUUAUCUAUUCAAAGUAAAACUCUUUGACAUUUUACUUAAAGCAGAUAAAACGGUGCUAUGUUACAGGCUCCUGAUGGUGCAGAGGGUUUUUGAAUUCAAAAUGCAAUUAAAGUAUCAAGCUGUCAUUUUCACUUUAGUGGAAGUAUCUCUAGAAGUGAGACUGACAAACACAUAUAAGAACAUUGGUUGCUUUAAACAUACCCAAAGCUCCACCAUAAAUUUAAUUAAGUGUUAACUGAUUAUAUUUUAAGGUACAUAAACAUGGGUGAUACAAAUAUCAAUGCUGUAGUAACAUCCUGAAACAAGACAAGCACAAAGGUGUAAAUGCCUAAACUGGAGGAAACUUGAAACCCUCAUGUUAAUUCUUAAAUGUAGUAUUUCUAACUUGUGACAAACAGAUUGGUAGGCAGCCAUUUUUUGUGUCUUAAAAUAACUGGGGGAAUAGUUCGAAUUUUAUACAUCAAGUGAUUGCUUUUGACUAUUGCAGUUGAGAUGUGGUUAUUUUUAGUUUAUUUGAAAUGUCUGAAAAAGGGGGGUGGGAGCAAAUAUUUGAAAUUUGGAAAACCCUAAACCCUUUUAGUAAGAAAUUGUAAUUUGCACUUACAUUUUGUUUAAGUAUAAAAAAGGUUUAUGAUUGAUGUAGUUAAAUCAGUGGUGAUCGUGGGGCAGGUAAUAUCCUGCAGAAAAAGCUAUAAUCUAAAAACUUAAGACUUUAAAAAUAAGAUCUUGAAGCUUUUAUUUAAUUGCAUCAACUUCUGUAUUUAUGUCAAUUUAUAAACUGCAGUAAAUUUUGAAUGAGAUUAAUCUUGUCUAAUAUAGGUAAAUGAGUCUGUAGACUGUGAUCUCCCAAAACUAAAAAUUCAGUUCUUGAAAUUGUGUUCUUCAUGGUUGUAGUGUUGGUAAAGCACUAAUAUGCAGAAAAUAAAGGAAUUACACAGUGCA